AUCCACCAUCAAAAGUCAUUGCUUCUCCAAACACCACCCAAUUGAAAAAACCAAAAAAUAAUGUAAAGAGGAAACAAAUGAUUACGUAACACAUUGCAACCCAAACAAGAAAAGUUAUUUUGUCUUUGAUCUUUUCUCCAAAACUGGAACCUCCCUCUUAAGAUCUCUCAUUUGUUUUCUUCUGAGAGAAUCGAUCUUUUGAGAGGGUGCCAGUUUUUUCUUUUCUUCCAAACUUAUUUUCUUGAUUUUUUCUCUGUUUUUCAUAUUUUCAAUAUCUUUUGGGAUUGAAAAACUUGCACAAAAAUGUGGGGAGCCCCGGCAGAACCAGCAGAUUCUUAUUACCAGAUUCGCCCUGAGAGCACUGAUGUCCCCAAUACCAGAUUCAAGAUCAAACCUGGUAAAACUCUAAGUGUAAGAAAAUGGCAAGCUGCAUUUACACAGGAAGGGUUCCUAGAUAUGGGAAAGACUCUAAAUCGAAUCCAACAAGGGGGGAUCCAUCCAACGAUUAGAGGAGAAGUCUGGGAGUUCUUACUUGGUUGUUAUGAUCCAAAGAGCACAUUUGAAGAAAGAGAGCAAAUCCGACAACGUAGAAGAACCCAGUAUGCCUCUUGGAAACAGGAAUGCAAACAAAUGUUUCCAGUCAUCGGAAGUGGUGGUUUCAUUACCGCACCUGUCAUCACCGAGAAGGGUCAACCCAUUCUCGAUCCUCUUGUACUCCAAGAAACAAACUUAGGUGAAGAUUCUGAUUUCUUCAAAGAGCUUGAAAGCAGAGGACCUUUAGACAAGAAAGUUAUCCAAUGGAUGCUUACACUUCACCAGAUAGGUCUUGAUGUAAACCGCACGGAUAGGACGUUGGUAUUCUACGAGAAGAAGGAGAAUUUGUCUAAGCUUUGGGACAUUCUAGCUCUUUACGCCUGGAUAGACGAUGACGUUGGGUAUUGCCAAGGAAUGAGUGAUCUUUGUUCUCCUAUGAUUAUGCUUCUUGAAGAUGAAGCUGAUGCUUUUUGGUGUUUUGAAAGAUUGAUGCGAAGAUUGAGAGGAAACUUCAGGAGCACGGGAAGAUCAGUUGGAGUUGAAGCACAGCUUACUCAUUUGGCUUCAAUCACUCAGAUCAUUGACCCCAAACUUCACCACCACUUAGAGAACUUGGGAGGAGGUGACUAUCUCUUUGCUAUCCGUAUGAUAAUGGUACAGUUCAGAAGAGAAUUCUCUUUCUGCGACUCCUUGUAUCUCUGGGAGAUGAUGUGGGCAUUAGAGUAUGAUCCGGAGAUGUAUUCUCUCUACGAGGAGCCUGAGUUCGAGGGAGAGAAAACUGAAGGCUCCUCCAAAGGCAAACCGAAGUCGAUAAAACAAUGUGGGAAGUACGAGAGGGAGAACAUUAAGAACGGUGGGAAUAGCGCAGAAGGUCCUUUGCCUAUUUCGGUUUUCUUAGUGGCUAGUGUUUUGAAAGACAAGAGUUCUAAGCUUAUGACCGAAGCUCGAGGACUUGAUGAUGUUGUUAAGAUCUUAAAUGACAUAACGGGAAACUUGGAUGCUAAGAAAGCUUGUACUGGUGCAAUGAAACUUCACAAGAAAUAUCUAAAAAAGCAGGCCAAGAAAUAGCAUUGGAGAAGAUUCAUGAGUGGAGCCUUUUUUGUAUAUUGUUUUUUUACGUAUCUGAUAACUCACAAAACCCGGCGACAAAAAGUUAUUUACUGGUCAGAGAUAUAUGAUCCCUUGGGUGGCAAGCAUUCCCUAACUUACACAGCACACAACAACUUUUCGUUCUAAAGUCUUCAUACAAUGAUACAAACCCAUGUUGUAAUAUUUGAUGUGACAAAUCCUGUGUUCUUUUUUGAUUUUGUAUUAACAACACAAAGGGAAAAGGUAAAAGCACAGCAAAUUUAUCUUC